GUUGUGCACACACAUCUCAGGCAGCCAUGGGGAACUGGGUGGAGAAUGAAGGAUUGUCCAUCUUCGUUGUUCUUGUGUGGCUGGGCUUAAAUGUCUUCCUCUUUUGGUGGUACUAUCUUGUGUAUGAUGUCCCACCAAAAUUCUUCUACACCAGAGUGCUCCUUGGCCGUGCCCUGGCUCUUGCAAGGGCCCCUGCAGCCUGCCUGAAUUUCAAUUGCAUGCUGAUUCUGCUUCCAGUAUGUCGAAACCUGCUCUCCUUCCUCAGAGGAUCAAGUGCGUGCUGCUCUACCCGUAUCAGGCGACAGCUGGACAGAAACCUCACCUUUCACAAAAUGGUGGCCUGGAUGAUCGCCCUUCACACAGCAAUUCACACCAUUGCACACUUAUUCAACGUGGAGUGGAGUGUGCAAGCCCGUGUUGAGGAGAAUGGCACUCUGGCAGCUGCGCUCUCUGGCCUUGGAGACAAACCAGGUGAAAGCUAUGUCAACUUUUUCAGACAAACCAUUGCGAAUCCCAUUGGGGGCCUCUACGUGGCUUUCACAUACUUGGCUGGCAUCACUGGGGUUGUCAUCACACUGGCCCUCAUCCUCAUCAUCACCUCAUCCACCAAAACCAUCCGGAGGUCGUAUUUCGAAGUAUUUUGGUACACCCACCAUCUCUUUGUCAUCUUCUUUAUUGGCCUUGUCAUCCACGGUGCUGGUCGUAUUGUACGGGGACAGACAGCUGAAAGUCUGGCUGAACAUAACCCAGAGAUUUGCCACAAGAACUUCAGUCACUGGGGCAAGAGUGAGGCUUGUCCAAUCCCCCAGUUUGCAGGGAAUCCUCCUAUGACAUGGAAGUGGGUGGUAGGUCCUAUGUUUCUGUACCUGUGUGAGCGGCUGGUGCGGUUUUGGAGGUCACAGCAGAAGGUUGUCAUCACAAAGGUGGUCAUUCAUCCCUUCAAGACAAUUGAGCUCCAGAUGAUGAAAAAGGGCUUCAAGAUGGAGGUUGGACAAUACAUUUUUGUCAAAUGUCCAGCAGUUUCUAAAUUGGAAUGGCAUCCAUUUACAUUGACUUCUGCUCCAGAAGAGGAUUACUUCAGCAUCCACGUCCGUAUCGUAGGAGACUGGACAGAGGGCUUGUUCAAUGCCUGUGGGUGUGAUAAACAGGAAUUCCAGGAGGCAUGGAAGUUGCCCAAGAUAGCUGUGGAUGGCCCCUUUGGGACAGCGAGUGAGGAUGUGUUCAGUUACGAAACUGUGAUGCUGGUUGGAGCUGGAAUAGGGGUCACUCCCUUUGCAUCUGUCCUCAAGUCUGUCUGGUACAAAUACUGCCAUGAUGCCACCAACCUAAAGCUCAAGAAGAUUUAUUUUUACUGGCUUUGCAGGGACACUCAUGCCUUUGAGUGGUUUGCUGACCUCUUGCAAUCUCUGGAGGCUCAAAUGCAGGAGAGGAAUAACGCAGAUUUUCUGAGCUAUAACAUCUACCUUACAGGCUGGGAUGAAACUCAGGCCACUCACUUUGCAGUGCAUCAUGAAGAGGAGAAAGAUGUGAUUACAGGACUGAAACAGAAAACCUUGUAUGGAAGACCUAACUGGGAAAAUGAGUUCAAAACGAUUGCGGGGAAGCAUCCUGGCUCCAGAAUAGGUGUUUUCCUCUGUGGCCCUGAGGGCCUGGCUGACACACUCAACAAGCAGAGCAUCAGCAACUCGGAAGCUGAUCCACGAGGAGUACACUUCAUUUUUAACAAAGAAAAUUUCUAACUCCCAAGCAUGUGGGAGUCAUUAAAUGCAAAGUCUAAAGACUGAA